GUGACCAGUCCAGCGACAUGAGCGACUGCGACUAUGCACGUAUACUUUAAAAGUUUUCAGGUUAUAAUCGAGAUUUCUGCAAGGACAACAUUAGUGGUGUUAUAUUAGUGAUAUAACGAUUCUGUAAAGAAACGGUGUCGUCCCAUUUAUUUGGACGGAAAAGUAACGACAAUUCGUUCUAGUCGAAUUCGAAUUAUGUGAGGCGGAGUCUAAUGCUCGCCGAACGAUUCUCCGUCGAUGAUUAUGUCGGCUACGGUAAAUAACGUUAAAACGAUGCGAGCGUGUUACAGAUUGGCCUACCCGGCCGUCUGACAAAGUAUGAAUUUCUAUAGAAUAAUCUCGUAAUCGUUAUAUAUCGAAAAAACGAACAUGGUCAAGGAGAAACCGAAUUCGAUACGUAUCUACGACUCGGAGGGUUACAGGCGCAGGGCUGCUUGUAUAUGCGUAAAAAAUGAUCUCGAAGAUGAGGUACUUUUGGUUACAUCAAGCAGAAGACCAGACAGUUGGAUAGUACCAGGUGGCGGUGUCGAACCUGAAGAGGAACCCGCAGUAACGGCACUACGAGAAGUCAGGGAAGAGGCUGGCGUUCUAGGACAAUUAGGCAGAUGUCUUGGCAUAUUUGAGAAUGUGGAACACAAACAUAGGACACAGGUGUGGGUGAUGCGGGUUACAGAAGAGUUGCCAGAAUGGGAGGACUCUCGGGCGAUUGGUCGCAAACGGAAAUGGUUUACGAUACCGGAGGCUUUAUUGCAACUGGCGCAGCACAAGCCCGUCCAACGUUCUUACAUUCACAGCCUCAACAACACGAAUCCUCGACAUAAUCCCGAUAUAUCCACCGUCGCAUCCAUACAGUUGAUGAAUAAUUCUAGUAGCAAUCCCCUAAAUCUGAAUAAACACAGCUAAUAUUAAAUACCAUCCAUAUUUGCGUUAACGAAUUUGAGACCAUACAUUUCGAGACAUCUGUUUCGUUGCCAAAAAAGUUCUAAUUUCCUAUGUAAAACGAUCACGACAUUUGUAUAUUCUGUCCUUUUCGUUGUUUCGUAGCAGUUUCAUUUCUAUUACCGUCGUUAAUGCCGCUACGUGUUAGUUACGAUAUUAGCAUUACUAUUGCUCUACAGGCACUAUUAUCGCUGCUAUCUCAAUUCCCGUUCAUUGAUUAUUAUCAUUGUCAUCGUUCUUGCUGUCAUCCGUACGAAUUACUAUAGACUGGUCCACGAAGGAACAAUCUGUCUCGUUUUUUUUUAUAACUAAACUCCUUAAUCAUUUUCUCAUUCUUUAUCAUGGAUAAUAACGCUCGUACAUACGAAUAAGUACACGCAUAAUUUUUCAUACGUAAAGUGGAUGGUGUUUUACACGAAACGAAAGCGAAAAGGAUGAUACGAAUAUAUUUCCUUUUUCACUAUUGAUUUUAAUUAUGAUAUACUCGGAAAAGGUGUUACAUAUUUCAUAACGAAACAUAUCUAUACCUCGAGAUAUUCGUUUAAAAGAAAUUUCCAAUAUGUGAUAAAUGCUUCUAACAAUGGAUUCGUUUGAAAGAACUUUGCUAUGCCACAGGUUGGUAUGUAACAGACUGAAUUGUUUUUUCGAGUAAUUCCGAUAAGAAUUCUUUUUAAGAAUAUGAUCAUGUAACGUAAUGCGUUCGAAGAAAGUAAAAUAACUUUGCUCCUUAUGGAAAUCGUAAAGGGAAAAAA